GCUGUUCCCACCUAUUUCAUUCUCCGACUCCAUCCACGCAAAACACGAGGGAUGAAGCCAGCAUACCACUCGACUAUGUAACUUGUGAGUCCCCAUGGCCGCCUCCUGAGGCUGGUUCGGGAUCUGGGUCCAGUCUUAAAAUUAUGCCCGGGCCUGACAAGCAUGGAUGCGGCUCACUUGUUAGCGCCAGGUCCGUUGGCCGGGACAGUCAUCCUCUCUGUCCCCCCAUUUCUCACCACCCCACCCCUCGGCGCUGAACCGCCGCCUCGCGUUUCCCCCUCCUCUCUCCCCCAAAGGCGACAACGACAACGACGGCGACCAGGAAUCGAAAGGCCGAUGGCGAGGCCAGCUGAGCACCUCUCAAGCUCGCCAACGGCCCGCAGUACCCCGACAUCCAAACCAUGCGGGACACCAUCCCGGACUGCUGUUUUGUCCCCUCGAAUUCCGGACUUCGCCUGGCGCGCCGCCGCCCGGGUCGUGUUGGGUAUGUCCAGGGCCUCGUCUGCAUGGGCAUCUGGAUCCUGGCGCACGAGGUCGGCCACGGCGCCUGCUCGGUCCACCGGCGGCUGAACGACGUGACGGGCUGGACGGUGCACUUGGCGCUGCUGGUGCCGUAUUUCAGCUGGAAGUUCUCGCACCGUCGCCACCACCGGUCCACUGGCCACAUGGAGAAGGACAUGGCCUUCGUGCUGCCCACCAAGGCAGACCGCGAGACGCGGAGGCUGGCGGACCUGUAUCUGGACCGGGAGCUGUUCGAGGAUGUGCCCGUUGUGCAGCUCCCCAAGUUGCUGGCCCACCAGCUCGCGGGCUGGCAGAUGGCAGCUGGUGUGCGCUCGGAAUGCUGA